GCCUUGUCCGUGUCAGAUACGAGGCAUGGGGCUUUGGGUCAUGUAUAUAAACCGAAGUCGAGCCGGUCUUCGUUCCAACGGUUUUUGUUGAGACUUUGUGUUAAGUUGAGUCGACGGGAGUCAGACAGACAAACAGUCGGUCAGACUCAGACAUAUCAUACCGAAUGAGAUCAUAUCCGAUUCUAACAUUCUUCGCGUGAACACCUCACAAUACAACAACACACUCCCACCAACUGCUUGACCUUGACCUUGAACUACGUGACACGAUAAGAGCGACACCGAUCAACCCCAAUCAACGACGUUGAUAUCUAAUCCGGGGUUUUACUUUCGAUUUCAUCUUCAUUUUUGCGGGGAAAGCGGCCUCGGCUCCGCUCGGGUAACGGCGCUUAUAUUCGGAGCGAAGCAGGGUUCCGUCAUACUUACCCUUGCUUAACCUACCUCCUCGACAGUCUACGGACAGUCUUAUUGUUCAUUCGGCCGGCGCUCGGUUCGGUUGAACGUGGAUCUUGUCUCACAUAUCCUACCCUAGCUACUUAUAUUGCAUAGUGGUGGGGUUUAGUCACAAUGCUAUUGCAGGAAUUGUGCGAGACGGUAUCGGUGUCGGGGGUUCUGUCAGCAGUGGGCAUUUUCACCGGAGGAUUGGUAUGUUCGUUUCCUAUCGUGUCUCACUCACUCCGCGUCUAGCCAUUGUGCCGAAUGCAGGGAGUACAUCCAUGGAAAUACUCGGAUGGAGCUAAUGCAUGUAACGUCAGACGCUGGUCUACGUGCUCUACAACUACCUAUUCCACCCCCUUCGACGGAUCCCGGGUCCCCUACUCGCGGGUCUAACGCCGUGGGUGCAGCUCUACCACGGACUGAAAGGGGACCGGCAUCUAUGGCUCUAUCGACUGCAUGAGACGUACGGAUCGCAUGUGCGCGUAGCGCCGAAUUUCGUCUCCGUGAAUACCGCCCAGGGACUGCAUGAUAUCUACGGACAUGGCAAGAAGCUGAAGAAGGCGGAUUUUUACAAUGCGUUUCCCGCCAUCAAGGGCGUGUAUAAUACGCACAAUGCGAUCGAUAAGACGAUGCAUGGGCGUAAGAGGAGAGUCCUCAGUCAGGCGUUCUCGGACCAUGCGUUGAAGAGCAUGGAGGAUGUGAUGCUCUUGCAUGUGCGGCAGCUUUGCUCGGCGUUGGGUGCGGGGAGCGAGAAGACGGGCGCCGAGAAAGGCGGAGCUGUGUUCAACAUGAGUAACUGGUUCAGUUACCUGACUUAUGAUGUUAUGGGAGAGUUGUGUUUCGGCAAGAGCUUCGAUAUGUUGCUGUCGAGUAGCAAGCACAAAUUGAUCGAAUUGGUUGAUCGUGCGGCGAAUCGACACUAUGUGUGUGGACUGUGGAUGCCCUUGGAUAGCUGGCACCUCGACCAGAUCGUGAUCCACCGACUCACCAACGAUCGAUGGAACUUCAUCAUGAACUCGCGCGUGGAAGCCAACGAGCGCGCCAAGGAACGCACACAGGCCGGCCACGACUCCAAGAAGGACUUCUUCUACUACCUGCUUAACGCCAAGGACCCCGAGACCGGCAAGGGCCUGACGACGCCCGAGCUCUGGGGCGAGGCCAACGUGCUCAUGAUCGCCGGCAGCGAUACAACCUCGACCACGCUGGCCGCCGCUAUCUUCUACCUCGUCCGGAACCCGCGCGCCAUGGCGCUCCUGAAGAAGGAGGUCCGCGAGGCCUUCACGUCCGUUGAGGAGAUCGUCACGGGCGCUCGGCUCAACGAGCUCGUGUACCUGAAAGCCUGCCUGGACGAGGCCCUGCGACUAGCGCCCGCAGUGCCGGGCGCCAUCCCGCGCGAGGUCAUGGACGGCGGCGCCACGGUGGAUGGGGUCUACCUACCCGCCGGCACGGACUGUGGAACCCCGACGUACGCCAUCCACCGCCAGGCGGAGUACUACCGCGAGCCGCAGAUGUAUCUGCCCGAGCGGUGGAUCGAGGGGGCGACCUGCCAGGCUCAGGUUUCGGGCAAGCAGACUAGUUGGACGGUCAGCAAGGAGGAGGUCGAAACGGCGCGCAGGGCGUUCUGUCCGUUUAGCAUCGGACCGCGUGGAUGUAUUGGCAAGGGGAUGGCAUUCAUGGAGAUGCGAUUGACGAUUGCGCGGAUGAUGUUCCUGUUUGAUAUUGAAUAUGCCGAUCGCACGGGUGAAGACGAGAGUGGCCAUUUGGCGUUGGUGGAUCAUUUCACAAGUGCCAAGAGAGGGCCUAACGUGGUGGUCAAACGGGCUGUAGCAUAGUGAACAGGUCAUAUGGUGGAUAGCUGGACAUAGUGAAAGGGUGGAGGAUAUAUUCACAAUUAGUAGUAUACAGGCACAAUGAACAAACUUUUC